CAUUGUAUUUACUGUUUACUUCCAUACUGGCAGCUACAGUGCUCCCUUUGUCCGUUUAUUGUUAGCAAAACUAGUGUAUUGUAAUGAAUUUAAAUUAAAUCAACAGGUGCACUAAUUUAAAUAUUUGUUGGAAGAGUCAUGCAAAGGUCUCCUCCUCUUCCUGUCUUCUUAAUGCUUCGAAACUAAAAGACUAAAGAGGUUAUAAAUGAGCUUUAACUUAAGAAACAGGAUGUGUAAAGUGUACCCAAAAAGUUUGUUCAAUGAAAAGUGUAUGUUCUGGUACGCAAAACAAAAAUUGUGAGUUAUGAAGUUAGUGAACUAUUACUUUGUGUAUAAACAAUUAAACUGCUAUGGGAAUUUGUAAGCCUCGAUACUUUAUUCUCACUGUGUGUCUUUUACAAUUGAUAUCUGUGAUAGAACGGCAGGUGUUUGACUUCUUCGGUUUCCUGUGGAUUCCGAUACUCGUAAAUUUUUUUGAAAUUAUUUUUGUCAUUUUUGGAUUUUUUGGCGCCUUCCAAUUCAGAGUGAAAUAUUUGAUAUGGUACUCCCUCUCGAACGUGGUCUGGCUAGGAUGGAAUGCCUUUUUAAUCUGUUUAUAUUUGGACAUUGGAACUUUACAACACAAAGAAAGCAGAGUAUUGAAGUUAGAUCCAGAUAGCGGAAGUUGGUGGGAGAAUGGGCCUGGAUGUAAAGGGGUACUUAAUACAACUGUUCCCGUGCCUACGUGGGAAAAUGUCACCAAUUGUCUUGUAGAUUAUCGACAUGUCGAAGUUUUUCAAGCAGGUCUACAGUGUAUCUUAGCGGUAUUUGGCAUCACUAUAGGAACUUGCUUGAUUAGAAUGCUUUCCGGGGGUUCCAGUGAACUACUUCAAAAGUCGUCCCAAGCGAAUUCAAAAAGGCGGUCGCUCUACUCAAUCGAGUUUAGUCAACAGUUGGAACGUCAACAACGUGACGAGGACUAUGACAAUGAGCAGGUUACCGUGCCAAUUUCUCCAAAACCUAUGACCCCAAGACGAGUGAAAAGGAGAAGCGUAAUGACGCGAGGUUCCUCUAGCAGGCAAAGUACAAGUAGUAGGCGUUACUCACAUUCCCGCUCGUCGACGAGGAGUUCGAGGAGGAUGGCUCAGAAUCCCGUGACGCAACUAUUGGAACAGCAGCAAAGAAUUCAAGCGAAUGCGGAUUCAACCGGCCAAUCUCUUAUUGAACCAUUGCCCAGUUAUUGUAAUGCUAAUAAUAACAUGCUACAACAAAGUUGGCAGAGUAACGGACAUAGUAAUCCAACAUAUCAACAGUCGUCGAUGCAGUCACUGAAUGAACCAGAUGAUGUAGAUGAUUUAUACAAUAAUAGACCAGCAUCGGUUCGUUCGAGUUACUCUAAUUUUCACGGCACAAGAGCCAUGAGCCAUAGAUCAUCUCAACAUUACAAUAACCAUGCCACUCCACAAGUGCCUCAAAAAAAACUACUUAAUCCUAAUAAACAAAACGUGCGCAACACUAUAUUUUUAAACAGUGGGCCACCUGCGUACAGUUCGCAAGGACAAUCCGUGAUUGAUUCCGAAACAACAAUUUAAGUUUUUUUUAAGCGUACUUAAGUAUAGUGUUUCGAUCACGAUAUAGUGUUAAAUAAAAUAAAUUAAUUAGGUUGCGUUCGGCGGGAAGACUGUAAGUGAUUUUAUUUUCCGAUUUUCAAUGAGUAUUUAUAGUAAGCGUUUAAAUACCUAGUCUAAACUGAAACCCCCCGUUUCAGCCACUCAGAAUGUAUGAUUUAAGUUUUUAAAUGAUUCGAUUUGUGAUGAAUGACAAAAUACAUGGUAUUAAAUUUA